GUAUAUUUCAGAUUUCUGGAUUUUUAUAACUUGAUUAGGAAAUACAUAGCCUAUUAAUUUUAUUUAAUCAAGUCAAGUAUGGAAAUGGCGGUGAAUGGUGUGAAAUUCAAUCAAGAUAGAAGCUGCUUUAGUUGCGCUAUGGAAACAGGUAUAAGACUUUAUAAUGUGGAGCCACUGACAGAAAAAUGUCGACUUGAUUCCGAUAUUGUUGGAAGUGUAGCGAAGGUGGUGAUGCUGCACAGAACUAACUUGAUUGCGCUUAUUGGUGGUGGAAGACGCCCUAAACUUGCUUCGAAUACUAUUGUUAUUUGGGAUGAUAAACGAAAAGGAUUUGUGUUGGAAUAUACUUUUGAUGAUGAUGUUUUGAAUGUACGAAUGAGACGAGAUAAGCUUAUUGCUGUAUUAGCAAGAAAAGUCUACGUAUUCACAUUUCCGAAUGAUUCUAAAAAGAUAUCGGAGAUAAGUACCAAAGUCAAUCCCUUAGGACUGUGUGAGCUUUGCACAAGUUCUGAGAAACAACUCAUUGCUACUUUAGGUCAUAAAGUUGGCACAAUUCAGCUAAUGGACUUAUCUGCAGCUGACACUGGUGACUCGACUUCCCCAGUUAAUAUAAAUGCACAUAAGGGUGAAUUGGCAUGCAUUGCUCUGAAUCAUCAAGGCACAUUGGUUGCAACGGCAUCAGACAAAGGAACUUUGAUUAGACUCUUCGAUGUCCAAACCAGACAUCAGCUGGUAGAACUGCGAAGGGGAACUGAUCAAGCUACAUUAUAUUGUAUGAAUUUUAGCAGCGAUUCUUCGUUUUUAUGUGUGUCUAGUGACAAAGGCACUGUUCAUAUAUUUGCACUUAAGGAUACUGCUUUGAAUCGCCGAUCAGCCUUUGCUAAAGCAGGUAAAGUUGGUAUGUCAAAUCGGUAUACGGAUUCACAAUGGAGUCUUGCGAACUUUACUGUUCCUGCCGAAUGUGCAUGCAUCUGUACUUUUGCUAGUUCCAAUUCUGUUGUUGCAGUCUGCCUUGAUGGUACUUUUCAUAAAUAUGUCUUCACACCUGAGGGAACUUGUAACAGAGAAGCCUAUGAUAUUUACCUCGAAGUUGGUGACGAGGCUGAUUUUUAAUUUAUAAUUUUGUUAUCUUUAUUUUUUUCAUGUCCACUGCUGUUGAGAUUAUCCCUCUGUAUAGAUUCUUUUUGUUUUGCCUCUCAUUUUCAUAAUACAUGUAUAUUAUCUUCUGACAUAUUUAUUGUGAGGUAUAAAGUACUUCUAAAAAAUGAUUGUUCUGGCAUGGUAUUGUUGCAAACCAUAAUUCUAUCUUUGAUGAGCAUGUUCCUAACUCUUUGGGGAUGCACAAACAAUUCAACCUUCAUUGAUGAAAUAAUCCAGAUUGGAAAAUUGUAAAACUGUGAUGGAGUAUUUAGUCAUUUUUGCUCUAACGUUUUGUGAAUCUGAGAAUGGAUUUCUGUAGAAUGACUAGACAAAAUAGGUUUUUUGAGUGUCAAGCAAAGAUUGAGAAGAGGGGGGUUGAAUACCAUAAUUCUGUCUCAAAAUAAAUUGAUUACCAAACAUUUCACUUUCUUACAGUUUGAUAAUUCAAAUCCCCAUGUUGUAAUACCUGUUUGUGUUUGUUUUACUUUCAUUUCAUCUUUAUAUUAAAAUUUGUGCAAUCCUGUGCUU